AUGCGCACACCACUGGUUGCGACGCUGUGCACCCUAGCCGCCGCGAAGAACGAGACCUACGCGGUGCUGGCCUACGGCCGCGGCGGCGGCGCGGCCCUGGGCGCGCUCGUCCUGGGCAGCGUCCUGAAGCGCGUCGACCCAGGCCGGAGCCGCACCGCGCUCGUCUACGGCGUGUCCGGCGACGCCCGGGCGGCCCUGCGGGCCGGCGGCUGGGCCGUCGCCGAGGCGGCGUCGUUCAAGACGCAUCGGAUCGACGGAGACGCGGCCAACGACCUGGGCAAGGCGACGGCGUGGCCGGGCCGCAAGUUGGAUCUGUGGCGCCUGCCCUACGACAAGGUCUUAUACCUCGACGCGGACACGAUGCUCGUGGACCACGCCGGGACCCUCCCAAAAUCGCUCGCGGGGCUCUGGGCGCUCCCGCUCAAGAAGGGUGAGAUCGGCGCGCUGAGCAACGGCGCGGGCUGCUUCAACGGCGGCAUGCUCCUCCUCCGGCCCGCCGCGUCCACCUUCGGCGCCUACGAGGCCGCGCUCGCCCAGAACGCUCUCAAGAAAACGUGCGAGGGCCACGACCAGCCCCUGCUGAACCACGUCUUCGACGGCGCGUGGACAGACCUGCACAAGAAGUGGCAGCUCAUGAAGGUGACGCAGAGCUGCGACCGCCUCGAGCACGCCACGCCGGACGCGGUCCACUUCUUCGCGGCGAGCGCGCCCUGGCGCGGCGGCUGCCGCGCGUGCCUCGCCGAGAACAAGGCGUGCUCGCACCGCCACGGGCUCCGCGACGCCGCCUGCGCCCAGGCAUCGCUCCUGGAGGCGCAGCGCCGGUGGUGGCGCGAGGUCGACGCGCUGCCCGCGGCCGCGCGGCGCUUCGUGGACGGCCUCCUCGAGGACCCGCCCACGCGCGCGGACGGUUCGCCGCGGCGGCUCUGCUAG